UCCGCUCUUGCAUUCAUCUGACGGCGGAAACGACUCUCUGAUUUGGAGUUUAAGGGUACCUGCUCCUCCCUCUUUCCAUCGCUUCUCUUCUCCCCUUCGUCUGCUUCUUCGUUGUCGAGAGAGAGAGAGAUCAUCAUGUCGGACGAGGAGCAUCACUUCGAGUCGAAGGCGGACGCUGGGGCGUCGAAGACUUAUCCUCAGCAGGCUGGCACCAUCCGCAAGAACGGGUACAUCGUGAUUAAGAAUCGCCCUUGCAAGGUUGUGGAAGUUUCGACCUCUAAGACUGGCAAGCACGGCCAUGCCAAAUGUCACUUUGUGGGGAUUGAUAUUUUCAAUGGAAAGAAGCUCGAAGAUAUCGUUCCUUCUUCCCAUAACUGUGAUGUUCCCCAUGUGAAUCGUACGGAUUAUCAACUGAUUGACAUUUCUGAAGAUGGAUUUGUGAGCCUUCUGACUGACAGCGGAAGCACGAAGGAUGAUCUUAGACUCCCCACUGAUGAGAGUCUGCUUGCCCAGAUCAAAGAUGGAUUUGGUGAAGGCAAGGACCUGGUUGUGACUGUUAUGACUGCUAUGGGUGAGGAACAAAUCUGUGCUCUCAAGGACAUUGGGCCAAAGUAGGUGCUCUGCAGUUCCAUGUUUCAGGAGUGGAUUUUUUUUAGUCGAGGAUUUUGUAGGCCUUAUACAAUGGCCAUGUGUGAGACUGAACGAGACAAGCUAGGUGGUUAUUUAUUGGGAUAAGUUACAGAGGGGGAGGGUAUGCUGCAAUGACCAAACCAGUCAGUGAUGAUCUGCCGUGAAUCCACUGGUUGAUAUGCAGCCUGAAGUCUCAAAAAAAUCUUUAUUUAUUCUUAGUUCAUAAGCAUUUGACGUUAAUAUGCUUUACCAGAAAUUGCGUCACUGAUAACACCUUAAGUACAUCUGGUUGCCGUCUAUGUCAUAAUAUAUGCUUGCCCAGUUCUUAGUCC